AUGGCUUCCACCACCACCACUACAUUCCUCAUCCUCUCUUUCUCUCUCCUCCUCCUCCUCUCCGUCACCGCUGCCUCGCCCCUCCUUGAAGCAGCCAACAUCCUCUCCGCGGCGGGCUACGAAUGCAUGGCCCUACAGCUGGAGCUGGCCUCACAAACGCUCCAAAGCCACCACUCUCUCACUAUCUUCGCCCCCUCCGACGCGGCCUUCGAGCACCACCACCACCACCCCUCCCUCCACCUCCUCCGCUACCACCUCCUCCCCCACGCCUUCUCCCUCCAUUCCCUCACCUCCCUCCCCUUCGGCGCCAGCAUCCCCACCCUCCUCCCUUCCCACUCCCUCACCGUCACCACCACCAACCCCCAUUCAAUCUCAAUCAACAAUGUCUCCCUCAACACAACCCCAAUUUUCCAACACCCCAACCUCACCAUUUUUUCCGCACACACUUUCUUCAACCCCCACUUCCACUUCCAACACCAAAACCCUACUCCCCCUCCAAACCCAGCCACGUGUCCCCCUCCCCUCAAAACCCCCCUCUCCCACGCCUCCCACCUCCUCCACUCCCGCAACUUCUCCGUCGUCGCCGCCGUCCUCAAUCUCCAGUUCCCUGCCCCCUGCACCGGCCGCGAACUCACCCUCUUCGCGCCACCAGACAACGCCAUCACCCACCUCAACCUCACCGAGCUCGUGCCGCUCCUCCACCGCCACCUCGUCCCCUGCAAGAUCGCGUGGCGUGACCUUGCGGCUCUCCAAGACGGAACCUUGAUUGGGACUUAUGAAAGAGGGUUCGCUAUCAAUGUCACCAACACCAACACUCUCUUGCUCAAUGGCGUGCACGUGACAUUUCCUGAGAUGUACCGCGGUGACUGGCUCGUGGUUCAUGGCGUCAAUCACGUGCUUUCGGGUACUCACCAUGGGAAACGACACCCUACACACCGAGCGAAGAAGAAUGAUUCGUAUCGGGUUUCGGUUGAGGAAGAACAAGAUGGUGGUGAUCAAGAGUCUUCUUCUGGGUUUGAAGAUCAUCGCCACCGCGAGGGUGAGGAAAAUUCUCCGCAUCAUUACCACUUCUCUGCUUUUCAUUAG